AACAACAUUGCAUGCUGUUUAUCUCUGUUGCUCUAUAAACAUUUAGCGAACACUGUGCAUUUGAGAUCAUGGUUAGAAAGCGUAUUACUAGAAGCAUAGAUGACCUACCAGAGGUUCGCUUGGCCAAGAGAAAGAAGGUUGAAGAUCCAUGCGAUACAACUGCCUUAAUAGCUCCGUCCAAGUCGAAACGUACUUCAAGUUCAAAAGGUAUAACACCUGCAAGAAAAAGAAAACCAAAGUCAGAAGAAAAUGCUCAACAAAAUGGAUUUGCAUCUGAAUCUGAAGACAGUGAGGUUGAAGUUGCUGUUAAAAAGAAGCAAAGAGUAUCCAGAAGGUCUAACUUAAAGAAUACAAGGCAAAAUAAUGAAGAAAAACCUGAUGAAGUAGAAAAAACAAAAGAGAGAAAAACUUCUAAAAAACGUGGAAAGAAAAAAAUUCAAAAAGGAAAUGAGAAGUUGUGUUUGCAGAAGACUGAUGACACUUGUAUUGUCAACACAGAUGCUAUUGAAACCCAUUGCAAUGAAACACCUCUACAGGACAUCAAAAUGGAAAAUCUGGGGGGAAAUGCCAAAAGUGGUACAAAUAAACAUGCUAGAGGAAAAAAGGGGAAUAAUCCCAAAAUAAAUAAAAAAUCAUUAAAAGAAUCAGCAAAGGACAUAAAAUCAAAAUUGGAUGAUCAGUAUGAUGCUACUAGUAGGGUCAAUGAUUGGGUUAAGACAGAAAAGGCCAAGGAUGCUGAUUCUAGUGGUGGUGAAAGUGAAGAGGACAUUGACUGGGAAGAUGUGCAAGAGGCUGAAGGCCACCAUAGUGUAGACUUGUGUGAUAACAGUAGUAUAAGUUCAAGUACAGCUUGCAGUUCAGCUGUCACUAAAACAGAAGUGGAGAUUAGUAUACAGAUUCCUGGAAUGAAAGGAAAAAGGAAAAAGAAGACUGAAGAUGAUUUAUUAACAAAGAUUAAAAAAGCUAUGACAAGAUUCAAGAAACAAAUUCAAUUGGACAUGCACAAGGCACACCUUGUAACGUUGAUAGCGUGGGGGUUUAACAGAAAUGCAGUAUGCAAUCAACCUGUACUCCAGGCCUACUCUCUGUCAUUUGUUCCGUCACACCUUAUAACCAAAUCAGUCAAGAAAUGGCAAUCUGAAGAACUCACAAACCUUAUAACAUGGUUCAAGGAAGACUUCCCACCUUUUCAGCAGUUUAGAGAUGACUUGUCAAAGAAUGACAUGAUUCCUGUAUCACGUUACCCACAGAAUAUGGCAGAGGUUCUCGUUAUCCUCUUGAGGUCACUGGGUAUCUUAACAAGAUUGGUAGCAUCUCUUCAGCCUGUCUCAAUGAAGAUUGCGAAAGAUGGCAAAGCAGCAACCAAGAAAGCCAACGCUUCCAAGAUAAUGGAAAGCCCAUCAAACAGCAGCAUUCAAGCAACUCCUACUAGAGCAGGAAAACCAAGUGUUGUAUUAAAGUCUGAAAAUACUUUGGAUGACAGUGAAAUUAUGGAGACCAAACAGGCAAACACUCUAGAAAACAAUGCAGAUUCACCUGCAUCAAGUACAAGUACCUCAGUACAAUCUUCAUCACCAUCAUCUUCAGGUCAGGCAAAGGUCAAAACUAGUCCGUCUUCAUCACAAUCAUCUUCAAGCCUGCAAUCAAAGGUCGAAUCUAGUGUUAAGACGAGAUCAAAUCAAAAUGAGACACCUAGGAAAACAAAAUCAUCCACACCUAAAGUGGGAAAUAAAAAAGAAAAAGAUGAAAAUAAAGUAAAAGAUGCUGCAAGCGGCCCAAAAAGAAAGAGGCUUCGGAAACAAAAAAAGGUGAAUUAUGCAGACAAUGCAGACUCUGGAAGCAACAGUGAAGAUCAACUGAGCAGUUAUUCUGAAGAAAAAAGCAACAGUGAAUCAGAUGAAGAAUUCGAGAAAGAAAUAAGCUACAAAGCACCAGUCAAGAAGCCUGCACCUUCAAAAGGAAAAACAAACAAGACCUCCCUCACAUCCAAGGUCAAGAAAAGUCCAUCAGUCGUAGAAAUGAUUGAUGAUGAUGAUGAGUUUGAGAUAAGUAGUAAGCCUCGUAUUUUUAGGAGACAAUCAUCACAAAGCUCUAAGGAAGGAAAAAGCCCAGUCCAGAUAAUAUCUGACGAUUCAGAUGAAGGGGCUACUGUAAGAAAGAACAAAGCAGGAACAGAUAUGUGGGUUGAAGUCUACUUGCCAACCAGCAAAUCUUGGAUGUGUGUGGACUUAGUUUCCUACAGUGUUAAUCAACCUGAACUGUGUGAAAAGUAUGCCAGUAAUCCACUCUCUUAUGUCCUUUCUUUUGAUAAUGAAAAUAGUGUUAAAGAUGUUACUGAGAGGUAUGCUUCCGAAUGGUUGUCCAAAACUAAGAAGUUCCGUAUUGAUGCAGAAUGGUGGGAAGAAACUCUACUGCCAUAUAAAACCAAGAAAAAGAAAAUGGAUGAAAUGGAGAAUUCCCAGUUGUUAGCUCAACAUCAAGAAAGGCCUUUACCUCAAAGUAUAACAGAGUACAAGAACCACCCCUUAUAUGUUUUAAAGAGGCAUUUACUAAAGUUUGAAGCUAUCUACCCCGAGACAGCAGCCACUCUAGGGUUUAUCAGAGGUGAAGCUGUUUAUUCUAGAGAUUGUGUACAUUUGCUCCAUACAAGAGAGAAAUGGAUGUCUUUGGAUGCCAGGGUAGUAAAGCAAGGGGAAGAACCAUACAAAAUUGUGAAAGGCCGUAUGAAGAGGAACCAACCAGUAGUUGACUUAACUAGCACAGUUACUAUUGACUUAUUUGGACAGUGGCAGACUGAAGAGUACAAACCUCCUCCAGUAAAAGAUGGAAAAGUCCCCAGGAAUGAGUAUGGGAAUGUUGAGCUGUUCAAACCAAGCAUGUUACCACCUGGAUCAAAACAUAUAAAGAUUCCAGGCAUCCAGAAAAUUGCCAAAAAGCUUGGUAUUGAUGGAGCACCGGCAGUGGUUGGGUUUGACUUUCAUUGCGGAUUUUGCCAUCCAGUUAUUGAUGGGCUGGUAGUGGCUAAAGAAUCUGUUCCUGCCUUAAUGGAUGCAUGGAGACAAGAACAACAAGAAGCAGAAAGAAGAAAGGAAGAAAAACGUGAGAAGAGAGUGCUUGGAUACUGGAAACAGUUUGUCAAAUCUUUACUGAUCAGGGAACGGCUAAAAAGAAAAUAUGAUACUCAGGAGUCAAGAACGUCAGAACAAAGUGGUGAGCAACUUGAAGAUGAGAAAAUUUCAAGUGUAGCUGUCUCAUGGCCACAAAACAUGAAACAAGGAAAAACAAGCAUCAAAGAUGAAGGUCACUGUCAUGUUUUCCCCAAGAGGCUUCACAAGAAAGACAAAAUCAAUGGUGAAUGGACAAAAUCUUGUACUUGUGGCUUCACUCUACCACUGGACAAAUAGGAUUGACCUGUUAAUGUUUAUAAUAAAUAUUGCAAUAAUUAUGCAGUACAUGUAGUGCUGCUGGUUAACAAAAUAUCAAUGUAGCAUAUAUGAAUUACAGUUUGUGUAUGAGUACAAGUAUAAUGCAUUGGCAUACAAAAUUCAUAAGAUGGACAAAUUGAAGUUAAAACAGAUGGAGGGUUGAUGCUUUAAGACAGACAAGACUACAAGACUGUGCACAUGUUGUAUGCCACUUGCAUAGUUACAUGCCUAGGAUCUUGGUGCAUUUAAAAAAACAUUGUGACAUUGUGCCAUAUCAGACAAGCCAGUUGUUUUGUUAAUGUUCCUUGCAGUGUGACCCAAUAUAGCAACUAACAAUCAUAAGGUGUGAUAGAUAAAGGCUUGAUGACAAAAGAUGUCCUACAGUAUGCCAAUGUUAUGUGUGGUUCAUGGCAUAUCUUAGUGUUUAGUAAACUGCUUGUGUCACAGACAAACCAAAUAUUUGUUAAUGUGUUCCUUGUAGUGUGCCCCAAUAGUAUUUGUCAAUCAUAAGGCGUGACAGAUAAAGGCUUGAUGACAAGAUGUCCUAUGCCACUGUUAUGUGCGGUACAUGGCAUACUGUAUAAUUGUAAAUUGCUUGUGUCGCAUCAGACAAACCAGUUGUUUUGUUAAAAUGUUCCUUGCAGUGUGCCCAUCAAAUCAUCAUGAUAAUGAUUGUUUUGUACAGCAACAAGAUAUAUUUCUAUAUGUAAUUUAAUAAUAUAUACAUGUAUUAAACUUGUUUUUAGUAUAUA